AUGGAAGUUGCCUCUGACAAAAGCGUCUGCUUGAAUCAUAAACGUAAUGUAAAUUUAACCCCAGUACAAGACCCUCCAAAAGAGAAAACGCUUGAGAAAGAGCUUGAAGAUGUGAAGAAUUGUGCCACUGGCUGGAAGUACCACAGUGGAAAGUGCUACUACUUGUCCUCUGAUGAAAAGAACUGGACUGAGAGUCGAGAUUCCUGUGUGUCUAUGGGGGGACAUCUGGUCAUCAUCAACAGUGCAGAGGAGCAGUCUUUCUUGAAACAGGCAAUGCCGACACAGGGUUGGGAAGAAUACUGGAUUGGUCUGACUGACUCUGUGAAUGAGACAGACUGGCGCUGGUUGGACAACACACCACUUAGUCAGACACCAAAGUACUGGAAUGAAGAACAGUUUGAUAACUGGCCUGGGAACAAUAAUGAACAUCCUGAAGGAGAGGACUGUGCACAUUUGAUUCUGUCCCUUAAUCAUUACUCAUUAAUGGAUGCUUUUUGUGAGGGAAAAGAAUUAAAACGAGUUUGUGAAGCCAUAGCAGUAAAAUGA